GCGGCCCCGCCCGCCGUGCCUCGCCGUGCCCCGGCGCGGCCCCGCCAUGCUGCCGCUGCUGCUGCUGCGGGCCGGCCCCGCCGCCCCCGCAUGGCUGCGGGGCGCCGCGCAGCUCGCCUGCCGCCGCCGGGCCGCUGUGGCCGCUGCCAGGCACCAACAGGUUGCAUCUUUUCAAAGAGUGGCUGUUCGCAGCCUCAGCACAUCCUCUCCUCAUGAUCACCCAGAACAUGGAAGAUUAGUUUAUAAAGGAAAUUUGGCAAAGACAGUUUUGGGUGUGAAGUUUUUCUCUUACUCCACCAGCAUAUUCAACCUAUUCAUGAUGCCCUACAUCAUGCUCAAAAGUGGUAUUGGAGUGGAAAGUUUGCUUGUCCAAGCUGCCUUUUAUGGGUUGAUCGGGAUUUUUACAUUUGUAACUCCGGUUACGUUGCAUCUCCUUACAAAAGGUUACGUGAUCCGGCUCUAUUAUAAAGAGGAAGUGGACACCUAUACAGCCAUUACCUACAAUGCCAUCUUGGCAGAAAAAGCAACUGUUUUCCAUCAGAAAGAUGUAAAGAUUCCAGACAUCACCAAAAUGUUUACAACAUUUUAUGCUAAAACAAAAUCAAUGCUUGUUAAUCCUAUGCUUUUCCCAAAUCCUCAGGAUUAUAACCAUCUCAUGGGCUAUGACAAAUCCUCAUUUUUUAAAUUUGAGGAUUUAGAGGGGGUAAAGGAAGCUGAUGAAAGGAAAUAAUUUGAAGAUAAUGUCAGUAUCGUCGUCCAUAAUGCAGUACUAUGUAAAAGAAUGUAAAAAUCUAUUACACUUAAGUAUCAGGUAGCUGGAGUUUUCCAUAUGCAUUUCGGAAUGUGUAAAGAGACAAUGUUACAAUGUGAGGGUUUCUUUAAUGACAUAAAAUAGAGUAAAAAAAGGAGCUGCUUAGCCCUGUCUUUUGCUUGUUUAUUCUUGGUUUGAUUGUUGUUGUUAGCUCUCCAGAGAACUGUAAAAUGCAUGAGCUGCAUGGCAGUCUCACCACUUCUGUGUCAAAAGACACUCAUUAUCUAUUGCGUAUGUAGUUAAGAUUUUAAGCCUUAAAUAUUAAUCGUACUUAAUCUAAAAAUACCAGGCUUUUUGUUGCUGCUGGUGAUGGUAUAAAGGGAGUGGUCAUGGCUUUCCCUUCCCUUUGUGACACCAUCGGUAGCCAGGAGGAGUCUCUGGAAAGCAGACAGGUAUUCUUGUGAAUUCCUGCUACAACUCCCUCCCAGAGGAGAGAAGAACAUGGGGAGGAUGGCUGUGUAUCUAUAGAGCAGUAAGUUCUAGCUACUCAAAGGUACUCUCAGGUAAACUAAAGUCCCACUCCAAGCAACCCUGUCCUCAAAGGUGAGGAGCAAGAAGCUUCCCUUCUUGGGUAUCGUGACAUAAGAUUUGCUCUGUGAGCAUCCCACUGACAAGAGAUGCUGUAUUUGAAUUGACAAAAUUCUAGCAGCUAGUGGUUAAAAUGCAUUCUGUCAGCAUUUAUGUAAGGUGAGGAAGCAUUUCUUCUAAAGAACACACCUCUUGAUUUUCAGCACUGUGAAAAAAGCCACCUUUUCACUCAAUUAAAAAGGGGAUCCAGUCUUUUUGUGGUACUAGACUGGUUCUUCUCCCUUGAGUAUGUAGAGGUUGGAUUUAAAUUUUUUAGCUCAAAGCGCGUAAACUGACAGAUACUUGUUUUCAAAGAAUGAAGGACUGAAAUAUUUUGAGACAUAAAAAUUACUGAAUUGAAAAAAACCCCAAAAUUAAAAUUAAUCCUUUUGUGUUAGCAGUGCCCUUUGUAAUAAGAAAAUCUGAUGCUUGCUACUAAUCAUCCUGAUCCUGCAAAUAAAAAAUUACAGCUAACUUUCAAGAUGUUUUCUAAGUUGUAGCUGAAAAACUAUUUAAAAGUUUAAAUAUCUUCCAAUACGAUUAUUUCAAUUUCCUUUUUUAGGAUGACACCAUGCAUGAUAUUAAACCAGGGUUUUGAAUGUUGCUUUUCUGACUGCCCUCAAUGUGUUUGCUUAGUAGUUAAAAUACAAAUUGUCCCAUCCGAAUUUUUGAGGCAGUUUUUUGUGUUGGCACAACUAUAAUUUUAAAAGGGUUAUAAAGUUUCUUUAAGCCAGUAUCAUAUCAUGGGUAGCAAUAAUAUAUAAAUAAAGUUUUAAUAAAAUGAUAUUGAACAUGUGAGGUUCAAAUUAUAUUGAACAAGCAAUUCUGAUCACCUGGUUGUACUACUUGUCCUCAUUAAAAUGAUGUUUUACACAUAGUUAAAAGAAAUCUUUCCAUGUCUGAUGCAUUCAUUCACUCCUUUUGGUUCUUGCAUUGAAAGAUGAACUUGACUUGACCUUCCAAUGACAAAUAUGGGGAGAACAGAAAAUAGAGUUUGCUGGGGAAAGGUAAAGGCCCCAAAAUUAUAUUUAUGUUCUCCAUAGGCAAUAUCAAGAUCCUCAUCUUCUGGCUGCAAAAAGUUCUCAUGUCUAAAUUUAAGAUUUGGCCAAUUCAGAAUUAAGCAGCAAGAGUAAGAUAUCUCCAUGCCAGUGGUUAAAUUUCUGUCUAUGGAAGAUAAAUAUUCUGCUAGUGCUCUGAUAGUGAAAAGUAAGUGAAGCCAGUAGGUGGCUGUGUGACACACAGAUGAUUAAAAAUAAUAUUAAAGAACCCAGAAUUCUACCAGAAAAUAGGUGAUGAUUCUGGCUGGGGUGUAGUCUCAGAAAAAAUACUUCCAAUGUGCAACUUGAAAAUAAUAGGAUAGUACUUUUAUAUUAGAAAAAAGAAGACCAGACUUAUUGAAGAUACUCAAUAUUCUACUUGCUUUUGCUUUGUUUGCUGCUACACUUAGAUUGUGUACUUGGAAUUGUAGGACCAUUUAGGUUGGAAAGGACCUCGAAGAUCAUUAACUCCAGCCAUUAACUCAGCACUUCCAAGUGACCACUAAACCAUGUCCUUAAGUACCACAUUUAUAUAUCUGUUUAGAUACCUUCUGGCGUGGUGACUCGGCCAUUUCCCCAGGGAGCCGUGCCAAUGCUUGACAGCCCUUUCAGUGAAGAAAUAUUUCCUAAUAUCCAGGCUAAACAUCCCCUGCUGCAACUUGAGGCUGUUUCCUCUUGUCCUGUUGCUUGCUACUUGGGUGGAGAGACAGAUCCCACCUUGCUAUAACCCGCUUUCAGGUUGUAGAGAUUGGUAAGAUCACUUCUGAGCCUCCUUUUCUCCAGUCUGAGCAACCCCAGUUCCCCCAGUGUGGUAUUCGCAUACCCUCUGAACAGAGAGAGACUUCGUCUUCUCAGGAUUUCUCCUGAGAGAAGCAAAGAAAAGAGAAUCAAAACAAUUCUUAUCUCAUUCGCUGCUCCUGUGCUUGUGCUGGUGUGGAAUGUGGCGUGGAGAUUGUUUACCCAAGGUGAUUGACUGGGUCCUGGUGAUGGUGUUUUGGACUGAUUGACCAAUUAGGUCACAGCUGUGUUGGGACUCUCGGGAGAGAGUUACGGGAUUUCUUGUUAGUGAUCGUUAUUAUUAGUGUUAUAUUAGUGUAAUAUAGUUAUAGUAUAAUAGAUUAAUAAAGUAAUUAAUUAGCCUUCUGAAA